AUGGUGGUUAUUAUCGCCACGCCCGGGCGUUUGCUUGACCUCAUUCAGCGGAAAGCCAUAAAGCUGCACGAAAUUAAAAUGCUGGUGCUUGAUGAGGCCGAUGAAAUGCUAAACAUGGGCUUUAAGGAAGAUCUGGACCAGAUUUUGAGCCAUACGCCCGAUGAAAAAAUCACCUGGUUGUUUUCGGCUACCAUGCCCAAGGAGAUCAAAAAGAUUGUAAACACCUACAUGUACCAACCAAUUGAGGUGAAGGUGAAUACUGGCAAUGAGGUGAAUACCGACAUCGAUCACCAGUUUGCCGUGGUAAGGCAAUCAGAUAAAGACGAGGCACUCACGCGCUUUUUAGAUUUAAAUCCCGACAUGCGCGGGGUGGUCUUUUGCCGCACCAAACGCGAUACCCAAAAUUUAGCCGAAUACCUUUUAAAGCUGGGCUAUAAAGCCGAUGCCCUGCAUGGCGACCUCUCGCAGCCACAGCGCGACCGCGUGAUGAAACGCUUUAAAACACAUGAGUUACAGGUAUUGAUUGCCACCGAUGUGGCCGCCCGGGGAAUUGACGUGACCGAUUUAACCCAUGUGAUUCACCACACCAUGCCCGAUGAUGCAUCCUACUACACGCACCGCAGCGGCAGAACCGCGCGGGCCGGUAAGAAAGGGAUUUCUCUGGCACUGGUUAAUUUUAAAGAAAAGGGCCGUGUAUUUCGUUUUGAGAAAAGCCUGGGAAUCAAUUUCACCAAGGUGGAUGUUCCUCAGGUGGAUGAAAUAACCGCCUAUAGAAUGCGCAACUGGGCGCAACAGGUUUUGGAGACUCCCGUUAAAAACAAAUUGGAUCCCGCUAUUUUUCAGGAGCUCGACAUUUUACUUUCCGGCCUUAGCCGAGAGGAGCUUCUGGCAAAGAUCAUGGUGAAGGAAAUGCUUACCUUAAACCUUGCUCAGGGCCGCGAUUUGAACGAUAAAGGCGCUCCGGGCGGAGGUCGUAGUGGCGGCAAGCGCAAACGCACCGGUGGCGGCUCGGGUCGCCAGGGUGGUGGCGGAAAACCUGGCAACUUUAAAAAACGCUUCCAGUCGGAAGGAGGCCGCGGAGGCGGCAAAAAGUUUAAGGGCAAACGCGGCAACUUUAAAGGAAACAAGAAAAAAUAA